UUUGACGUCACUUCUCUCCAUCGAGCACUCGCCUGUCAAAACACAACGUGACUUUACUUCAGGGAAACUUCAGCUGAUUUGACACUGAAGCAUUUGAAGAACACAACUCCGACACAAUCGUUAGCUACAACAGAGCUAACCGGCUAAUCGAGCUUUCCUCUGGUGGUGUUUCCGCUCACUCGGGGGGAAUGGAGAAGGCUAAACAAGAUGCAUUCGACAGUGCCCGACUCCAAGUGAUCAAAGAUGGCUACGAGAGAGCCUUCGAGUGCAUCAACGAGGCACUGACGGUGGACGAGGCCGGAGACAAGGCCCGGGCCCUGGAGCUCUACAAGCGGGGGCGGCAGCACCUCCUCAGGGCCAUCAGCGUCCCCUCGCAGGGGGAGGAGUGUGCGGGCGGCCCCUGGGAAUCCGCCAGGCAGAUGCAGCAGAAGAUGAAGGAGACGCUGAACAACAUCACGACCCGUCUGGCCAUACUGGAGACCAGCUCUGACCUCCCAUCCGCCCCCCUGCUGAGCGCCACCGCUGAGUUUGGUCAUGCUGCUGCGGGCAUGUCUGCAGAAGGCCUCUACCCAGAUCUCCCAGCCAAAGACAAGCCCGAGAGACCAGCUCCACCAAACGUACUUUCCGCUAAAGGUGAUUCAGCAGGAGCUGUAGGAGGGAAGCCUGCAUGCAGUGGUGCAGGCCUCCCCCUCUCCCCCACCAAACAGCCAGUGGGGCCGGCCGAUCAGCCUCCAGCCUACUCCCCUCAGGCGGCCGACGGCCACCUGUCCAUUUCUUAUGGAACGGAUGAAGGGGAGAUGUCGAUGGUCGGGGAUGAGUUCUACAGUCGCAGCUCCAACACCACGCCAUCCCCCCAGAGCAUGGGCGAGGAGGGGGAGGAGCUGCUCUACAUCCCUCACGGGGUGCAGAUAUUCUUUGUUACGCCCGAAGGUCAAGUGAGCGCUCCGUCGUACCCCGGUUACCUGCGACUGGUCAGGUUUACUGGUGAUCACUCCGACAGCACGCCCAACCGCCCACCCGCCUUUCUGCAGGUGUGCGACUGGCUCUACCCACUCAUGGCCGUGGACUCUCCAGUGCUGCUGUGUAACACUGGGGUGUUUAUGUUUCCGGACAUGAUGGCACCAGCUCCAGGCUACUACGUCGGGGUGGUGCUGUCCUCUGAGUUGCCUUCUUCAAACAGACAACUGUUCCAGGACCUGUUGUCCCAGAUGACAGAUCUCAGGGUUCAGGAUCCAGAUGAAGCAGCAGAGGCCAUCAAUCUCAGUCAGAAAGUGCCCAUAGUCACACCUGAGGAGAUUGCACCAGCCGAAGAAGAGGAGGACAAACCUUUGCCCGAGUGGAGUGAAAAGGUGGCAAGUGGGAUCCUGACCGGUGCCUCCUGGUUAAGCUGGGGUCUGGUGAAAGGAGCCGAGUUCACGGGCAAGGCCAUCCACAAAGGGGCGUCGAAACUCCGAGAACACAUCACUCCAGAGGACAAACCCACCCACGUCAGCCCCACGGUCACAAAGGGCCUCCAUGUGGCCAAGCAGGCGACGGGUGGAGCUGUCAAAGUCAGCCAGUUUCUAGUGGACGGGGUGUGUACCGUCGCCGGCUGCGUGGGGCGCGAGUUGGCUCCGCAUGUGAAAAAACACGGAGGAAAGCUGAUCCCGGAGUCUAUGAAGAAAGACAAGGACGGGCGCUCCAACAUAGACGGAGCUAUGGUGGUGGCGGCCAGUGGAGUGCAAGGAUUUGCAACCAUGUGGACUGGUUUAGAAGUGGCAGCAAAGAACAUCACCACCAGUGUUGCAUCAGAAACGGUCACAACAGUCAAACACAAGUACGGGGCGGCAGCGGGUCAAGCCACAGACAGCGCUGUCAACUCUGCCAUUAACGUGGGCCUCACUGCCUUCAACAUCGACAACCUGGGGAUCAAAGCUGUGGUGAAAAGGACUGGGAAGCAAACGGCAAAGGCCAUUUUGGAAGACUACAAGCUUCAGGAAAAACCAGAGAACGGGAAGCAACUGGAGAAACUGGACAAGUAGCCGACGGUGCAACAUUCCCCCAGCAACGCCUUAAACCAACGUUUUUAUUCUUCUACCAAAGGAAUCUAUAUUUAAUAUAUUUGAUUUAUUAACACAUGUAGAAGACAACUACUGUUAUAUUCAUAUCCUCUUUAUCCUUUGGUAAAACUCUUGAGCACUUUAAGUUUUAUGCAAAACAGGGUAGAUGGACCUAAAUGUGAAGAAACUGAAGGUUGGAUAAUCCAAAUUAAAGGAAGAUAUAUAAAUAUAUAUAUAUAUAUAUAUAUAUAUAUAUAUACACACACAAUAUAAUAUCAGGUACGAAAUAACACUGCGGUUUGUACUCUGAACUUGUUGAGUGUUUUUUGACUAAACACUGGAAUCUCUCUUUAAUCUUGAAGACGCAUCUAUGCGCGAGUUGCUAGGGUAAGUGCAAUUUGAAUUUAAAAAUAAAAAGACAGUUUUAUGUUAUUAUAUUAAUAAAAGGAUUAUACGUAAUAUAUAUAUAUAUAUAUAUAUAUAUAUAUAUAUAUAUAUAUAUAUAUAAUGAAUGUAUGACUGUUUCAGACCAAAGCAGUAACUAAAGUGAUGUUUUUCCCCGAAGUGUUGAGAUGAGAAGUAACCACUGCUGCUGACUGUGCCUGCAAGUAUCUAACACAAUGUGAAAUUGAAUGCUUUGUGAAAAUGAUGCUGUCAAACUUGUUCGGAGUCUAUAAUGUAUUUUUGUUAAACCUUUAAUAUGUAGCAGGAGCUGUUUCUGUCUAAAUCUGUAAAGCGGAUGUGUUCCUAUUCAGUCUUCUGUGCUUUCCUGUACAUUUCAAUACACAUAAAUACACAUGUUUCCAAAAUGUUAAUGUUUGUUCAUAUAAAAAAUCUAUUUAGAUUUCUUUUAUUUUGAUGUAUGGACUAAAUAUAUAACCAAAUGUGAGUUUUCAAGUAUGACGCUAACUUUGUUUCUAAGCCAGAUAUAUAUAUAUUUUUUUGAGUGAAGUGAUCUGGUUUGUCCAGCGUUAACCCGCUCUGCAGGUAAUUCUAAUUUUCAGAUGUGUUCCUAGUUUUUGCAGUGACAUUUAUUUACCACAUGAAAUACUGACACUUUACUCAAACAAGUAAUAAAAUGUGUAAAAACAAGAGAAAUCCA